AACAGACCGAAAACCGACUCUGCGAGUGCGGUAAACCCUCCGACUAUGCCGCGGCAGGCGGAAACCACCGAACUGGUCCUUCCGGACCCAGACCUGGGCGAAGUGGAGAAGUCGUCGGAAAAAGAAGCUUGGCCGACGCCUGUCCGGAGACCGCACUGGAAUCCGUUCCAUCUGCCACGGCCCAUCACAACACGCCAGUGGCUCUACAUUCUCAUUCCACAAGGCCUCUUCGCUGCUAUCGUCGACGGCUUGGUCAAUUUCGGGAUCGCGUGUGCCAUGUACAGAACACAAGAUCCGAACGAUAACACCUCGAGAGUGACAAUCUGGAACCUUAGCCAUUCCACCGUAGCGGGCGAUGUCGGCGUCACCGUCAUCAUCCAGACCGUUCUGUCAUUCGUGAUCUCAAGCGGUAUGGUGCAUGUCGACCUACGCAAAGGAACAAUCGAUCCUUUCGUAGCUGCGUGGCCAUGCCCCGAUUUCGGAGCUUACAAAGUCGAAGCACCUGACAAGCCCACCAUGCAGCCUGGUGGAUUCGCACGCUGGCUCCAUAACAGGCACGGACUCGGUCGAGGUCUUCACUUUUUCUCGGGCAGCGACUACAACGAUGUCUUCGAUCUCUCGGUCUCGCCCAAAGAGACCCUGCAGCGCUUGUUCUUGAGCGUCUUCAAAGGCCUCGUCCUCUCGGCUAUCUACUUUUCCUUCAUGUGGCCCAUCACGAUUGCCAUCAUUGCGCCUCUCUACGGCGGUACCGGCAUCAACAUGCGUCGCCAGUAUCCCUGGGCGGCACCCAUCAUCAAGCUGAUCUUUGGCUUCACACUCGGUCUCCUGCAGAACCCCGUGAUUUGCUGCAUCGCAAUGGGCAGCGAGGACUCCAUUCGGUUGCAUCUCCGCGAGGAGCAGAGAAAGCUCUGGGCAAUUCAAGAGGGCAUUACUGUUCCCGUCACAAAAGGCGAACGCGCAGGCAGACCGAGUGGCAGCUUCGACUUGACCAUGCCACCGCCCGCAGCUCAGUCACAAGAGAAGCAGCCAAUACCUCGAGAUGUCGCUCGCUUGAGGCAAAGUGUCGAUGGCAGCCGUAGCGCGAGUCCAGCCAGGGGUAACAGGCUGAGCGUGGACGUUGCAGCACUCAGGCAGAGCUUAGACGAGGGCUCGAGGCCACAGACGCGGGCAGCGUCGCCCCACUAG